AGCAGAGCAAGUGCAAAGGCCCAGGCGGCUCAGGGCUGCGCUCAGAGGACUGCGUUGUCCCGCGCAGUGAGCGGAACCUAAGUGCAACAGGGCCGGGCUUCCGGGGUGGCGGACUCAGGCUGGCCAGGCACCUGCAAGAUGGCGGCGGGUCCGCGGAAACGCGGCCGGGCCACUUCCACGGCCGGAGCACUGGGACACUGCGAACAAUGGCUGCGCCGCGCCUGGCAGGAGCGGCGACUGCUGCUUCUGGAGCCGCGCUACACGCUGCUGGUGGCCGCCUGCCUCUGCCUGGCGGAGGUGGGCAUCACCUUCUGGGUCAUUCACAGGGUGGCAUACACAGAGAUCGACUGGAAGGCCUACAUGGCUGAAGUGGAGGGUGUCAUCAACGGCACAUACGACUACACACAGCUGCAGGGGGACACCGGACCUCUGGUGUACCCAGCUGGCUUCGUGUACAUCUUCAUGGGACUCUAUCACGCCACCGGCGGGGGCACUGACAUCCGCAUGGCCCAGCACAUCUUCGCUGUGCUCUACCUGGCCACGCUGUUGCUGGUCUUCCUGAUCUACCACCACACCUGCAAGGUCCCGCCCUUCGUCUUCUUCUUCAUGUGCUGUGCCUCCUACCGCGUGCACUCCAUCUUCGUGCUGCGACUCUUCAAUGACCCCGUAGCCAUGGCCCUGCUCUUCCUCAGUGUCAACCUUCUGCUGGCCCGGCACUGGAGCUGGGGCUGCUGCUUUUUCAGCCUGGCCGUUUCUGUGAAAAUGAACGUGCUCCUUUUCGCCCCCGGGUUACUCUUCCUUCUGCUCAUGCAAUUUGGCCUCCGUGGGGCCCUUCCCAAGCUGGGCAUUUGUGCCAUCAUUCAGGUCAUCCUGGGCCUGCCUUUCCUGCUGCAGAACCCAGUCGGCUACCUCUCCCGCUCCUUUGACCUCGGCCGCCAGUUUCUCUUCCAGUGGACCGUGAACUGGCGCUUCCUCCCCGAGAGCAUCUUCCUGCACCGUGCCUUCCAUCUGGCACUCCUGGCUGCCCACCUCAGCCUGCUCCUGCUCUUUGCCCUCUGCAGGUGGCACCGGACUGGGGAAGGCAUCCUGUCACUACUGAAGGAGCCCUCCAAAAGGAAGGUCCCACCCCAGCCGCUCAGACCCAAUCAGAUUGUGUCUACCCUCUUCACUUCUAACUUCAUCGGCAUCUGCUUCAGCCGAUCCCUCCACUACCAGUUCUACGUCUGGUACUUCCACACGCUGCCCUACCUCCUCUGGGCCACCCCUGCGGGCUGGCUCACACAUCUGCUCAGGUUGCUGGUGCUCGGGCUCAUCGAGCUCUCCUGGAACAUGUACCCCUCCACGCCCUGCAGCUCAGCCGCGCUGCAUAUCUGCCACGCAGUCAUCCUGCUGCAGCUCUGGCUAGGUGCCCAGCCCUUCCCCCGGAGCAGCCAGCCCUGCAGGAAGACCCACUGAGCGCCACUCCCGCCCCUGCAGCCGCCCUGGAGACCUCAGACAGACGGGUGGUCAGAGUCAACUCUGUGCCAGCCUCCCUGGAGACCCCAGGCCGUGAGGGCGGCGCACGGCAGAUAAAGAACUUUCUGGAGUCCCAA